AUGCAGCCUUGGUCAUUGUUUCUUCUGAGCAUUUCUCUCCCAUCUCUGAUUGUCUCGGUCCCUCUUUGGUCGGAUGUCUGUCAAGCAGAUCAUCCGGCGUUUGAUCUCCCAUUUUGCGAUUCUCAACUCAGUUUGAGCGAACGGGUCGAUGAUUACGUACAAAGGAUACCAGCCGAGCAACAAGUUGCCAUGAUGGGACACGCAGCAAAGGAGUACGCUCCGCUAGGGAUACCUCCAUAUCAAUGGUGGAGCGAGGGCCUUCACGGCCCGAAGGAGCCAUGCGUCGAGUACGAGGGGCAACAGAAAUGUCCCACUAGUUUUCCUUGUCCAUCUGCCUUGGGCAACACGUUCAACACUUCUCUUUUCUAUGACAUUGGAGCUGCCAUUGGUACCGAAGGAAAAGCGAUUUCGCAAAUAAGGCCGCACGACAUGAAAAUUGGGGAUGGGUUGACAUAUUGGAGUCCAAAUGUGAAUCUCCAGAGAGACCCCAGAUGGGGGCGGAACCAAGAAGCUCCAGGAGAAGAUCCCUUUCUGACGUCGGUGUAUGCUAGGAACUUUGUAACUGCGCUACAAAAUACGUCGAAUGGCGAGGACUCACGAGACGAUGCACCACUUCGAGUUGCAGCAUGCUGUAAACAUUUUAUCGCAAAUAGCUUAGAGAAUUGGCACAAUCACACCCGACACAAUUUCGACGCUCAAAUCUCGGACGAAGAUCUACACGACUACUACUUUCGACCCUUCCAAGAAUGCGUGCAAGCCAAAGCGGCUGGCGUCAUGUGCAGUUACAACGCCUUGAAUGGAAUCCCCACGUGCCUAGAUAAAAAUCUGUUGAAUCAGACUCUACGACAGUCAUGGGGCUUUGAUGGAUAUUUGGUGACUGACUGUGGGGCGCUACAAGACACAAUCACUGGGCACAAAGCGGCGAAAGAUCCUGAAGAAGCGUCUUCAAUGGCAAAAGCAGCGACCGUCGAUGUGAAUUGUGGGGAUACCUUUGAGAAAGGGCUUCUCCAGGCUUUUCAGAAUGGUGACGUAUCAACUUCGAUCAUCCAUUCCUCCUUUCGAAGACUUGCAAAGAUUCAAUUUCGGCUAGGAAUGUUCGAUGCUCUCAAAAAGUACGAUCCGCAACAGGACAUUGAGUUGGUGGGGUCACACGGGAACCUGGCUAUCGAAGCCGCCCUCCAGAGCAUCGUCCUCUUGAAAAAUAAGAACAAGAUAUUGCCUCUAAAUAUUGAUCAGAAAGUGGUCAUGAUCGGGCCUCAUGUAUUUGGACGGGAAGUCUUUCUCAGCAGCUACCACGGUGACGCCUGCGCAUCAAACUCGACGAAGCAAAAGUCUUCUUAUGCUUGUAUCGAGUCUCCCGUAGAAGCCCUCUCCAAGAUUUCAGACCAUCCAAUCGAGGCUACAAUGGGAUGCAAGGUGGCUGACACGGACCUGAACGAGAUUGACAAAGCCGUUGAUCUUGCCAAGACAUCAGAUGUGGUUGUCCUCCUGCUUGGAUUGGAUCAGACACAAGAAAGAGAAGAGCGCGAUAGGAAUGAAACGACGUUGCCCGGUCUCCAACGACAACUGGUUCGUUCCAUUUUGGAUGUGGCAGCCGAAAAGACGAUAAUUGUACUUGUUCACGGCGGUGCCAUGUCUCUGGGAGAAGACACAAUCAACAGAAGUGGAGCCAUUCUAUCCGCAUCCUAUGGAGGCCAGUUUGCCUCUAGAGCACUUGCCCAAGUACUCUUUGGCUUGUACAAUCCAACCGGCAAACUCUCCUCGACCAUGUACCCAUCGAGUUAUGUGGAUGAUAUUCCACUUACGGAAAUGGGCAUGGCCGUAGGUGUGGGACGAACUCACAUGUUCUACCGAGGCAAGCCCGAAUUUUCGUUUGGUCAUGGCCUCUCGUAUAGUUUGUGGAGUCUAUCGUGGACUUGCAACGCAAGCAAUGCCACCACCACUAAUAGGAAUGAUGAUGAUGAUGAGGAUUGUUCUUCCAUUUCGAUUGAAAAACUUGAUUCACCCAUGACCGUGGGAGUCAACGUAACCAACAUGGGGCCAAUGGCAGGCAGCCAGACUGUGCUAUUGCUUUGGCGACCAUCAAAAGAUGGGAAUCAUCGCAUACGGCAAAAGCUAAUUGGAUUUCAAGGAACAACGUCCAGGCUGAAUGUGGGAGAAUCUGAAAUUCUAAGCUUUCCAAUAGAACCCUCGGCUUUUCUGAUAUGGGACACCAAUACAGGAAGCAAUAAGGUUGUCGCAGGAACGUACCAGAUUGAAGCUCUAGCGGCGAACACUACUAUUUCAAUGUUGGGGUAUGUUCUUUCGGGCAAUGGAGAAGGGCCCAUCCGCAUGGAAGUUGCCUAA